GCCGCUUUGCUCCCCCUCCCAGCCCCCCCACCCCUUUUCCAAAUUAGAAAUCAUUGUAGAAUUUGUUUCCCUGCACAGGCCGCCCGCCCGCCCGCCCGCGCGCGCGCUUUACUCGCCUCUAAUUUGCGCAUCCGGACUCGGAGACACUGAUGCUUUCUUUGCCUUCGUAGCCGUGGCUGAACCCCAGCGGAGCCAUGAGUACUCAGGAGGUCCCCAACUCCAGCCUGAAUCAGGGCGAUACGCCCACCGAGACACUUUCUGCCCAGGCCGUACCCGCCUCCUCGCCCAAGAACACUGUCCAUCAGAUGAAGACCGAGCCUUGCCGCACGCCCACCACCUCAACCAGCAACGGCAAAGAGAGCGACGGCAGCCUUCCUGCUGAGAUCUGUGUGGUGAUCGGGAGUCCUCGCAAUUCCCAAACUCAGGGCUCCUACGUCUGCCGAGUGUGUGGGAAGAAGUACAAGUACUACAACUGCUUUCAGACGCAUGUCCGUGCUCACAGAGAAUCUGAGAGCACCAUGCCCACGGAACCGUCGCCUCACGGCCCGAACAAUGCUUUCCGUUACACGUGUGAUAUUUGUGGGAAGAAGUAUAAAUACUACAGCUGCUUCCAGGAGCACAGAGAACUGCAUGCCGUGGACGAUCCGUACGAUCACGUGAUUCCCGUGGAGGAGCCAAAGGAAGAGAUCGAACCCUAUCAGAAAAUCGGACCAAAAACGGGGAGCUACACCUGCGAAUUCUGUGGAAAACAAUAUAAAUACUUCAACCCUUAUCAGGAGCAUGUGGCACUUCACACUCCAAUGAAAAGCUCGUUCGGUCUUAAAAUCGAAGGGAAAACGGGGGUGCGGCCGAGCCGUGGAGAUGCCAACAGUUCCCAGAGCUCCAACGAUGCUGCAAGCCCCAUGGUGGCCGGCGGCUUCCCUGCAUCUCAGAAGGCCUACACGUGCGGAUCCUGCGGCAUUCAGUUCCAGUUCUACAGCAACCUCAUGGAGCACAUGCAGUCGCACGCUGCAGAUAACGAGAAUCACACUAAAGAGGACGCUGCUAAAUCAUGCCAAGCCCCUGCACCUUCUCAGGAGCAGACGUGGAAAUCACCUCAACCUGCCCAGAGGAACCACAUCCCAUCGUCGUUCCAGAACAGACUGCUUCCGGAGAAGGAACGGCAGCAGGUGGCCGAGCGCUUGUUGCGGAUGAUAUGCAACGAUUUGGGUCUACUUGGUGUACUUAGCAGCAAGGACUUCCUCAAGCUAGCCCAAACUCUAGUAGACACAGGCUCUCGCCAUGGAGCGUAUUCCAUCCGCGAUGCUCUCGGAGACAUGAGCACUUUAGCUAUGAAGCAGCUUCCCCGCAUGUACAACCAGGUCAAAGUAAAGGUGACUUGUGCGCUUGGAUCCAACUCCUCUUUAGGAAUUGCUGUGACCUGCCAUUCACAGACUAUUGGGCCUGAUUCCUGCUAUGUGCUGACAGCGUAUCAGGUCGAGGGGGUCCGGCUGCGACGUUAUGUGCUAGGAAUAAAAGAGGCUUCUAUGAGAGAGGGACCGGAGCACGUCCAUCACUGGGUCCAGAACGUCCUUUCUGAGUUCGUCAUGUCAGAAAUUCGCACAGUCUACGUCACAGAGCCACGUUUGUCACUGUUACCUAGUUGCGGCAGGUCCAGUAUUAGCUUGCGGUGUGCUGGAUGCUCACUGUCGGCCACUAUUCAGGCCGUUCUUGGGCGACGUAGCCUUCAGUCCCGGGGCCUUCAUGAACUUGGAGAACUUCUGGCAACAUGCCGUGACAUUGCUGGAAGUAGUAGCUUUAAUCGGGACAGCAAGGCCACAGAUGAGUCUCCACCACCACCUUGCUGGGAUUUGACCGCUGAGGCAUUGAUAAAGGUUCAUGAGAACUUUGAGGCCAUAUGUGAAGUUUAUGGCCGCUGCAAAAGCACAGCACCACUUCUACAAGCCCUCAAUAAGCACCUGCUCAGCACACUAGCCACCCUGCUAGCACCACUGCGCCAGGCAGCCCAGGAGCUGGGGGGUGAUCGUUGGCCCACCCUUCAGCAAGUUCUGCCCUCCUACCUUCGCCUGGAGAAGCUCUUUACCUCCAAGGCUGGCGAGGUGGGUUCUGGCAGCAAACUCUGCCACUACUUCUUAGAAGCACUUAAGGAAAACUUCAAGGUUGAGCGAAUCCACCAGGUGGCUAUGAUCUUGGACCCACAGCUCAAGCUCCGACCAGUCCCCGGGUACCAGCAUGAGGAGAUUAUCUCUAGGGUGUGCGACAUGGCCGCCACCAUGAAGGAACCAGCUAGCGGAGGCCCAUCCGGGAUCUCAGGAGAUGAGAGGGACAACGACAGGCCAGUCGCUCCCAAGCGAGGGCGCAUGGACAUCGGGAUAGACAGGCCAUCUUGUGCUUCUGAGGAUCCACAGGUUCGGAAAGAGCUGUUUCAGUACUUGGGUGAGCCACUCUUCCAAGCCACAGGGGAUCUUUUCCAGUACUGGAGCUCUGUCAUGGACAGAUACCCCAAGUUGUCCCGGUUGGCUCUGUGGCUCCUGGCAGUGCCUGCCAUGGGUGUCCGCAGUGAAUGUGUGAGCAUCUGUGAGCAGACCUUCGCUUUAAAAAGGAAGCGAGAGGUCACAGCUGAGGAAAUGAACAAACUCGUCUUCCUCAAGUGCAAUUUUGCCUGAGGUAGAGCAAGGCCACCAGUCAGCACUACUGACUCUUUGUGAAAGAUACACUAAAGUAUUUAGUAAUCUAGAUGUCGGUCUAGAUUUACUUUGUAGCUUCUUUACAUCAUCGGUCAGAACUCCUCCUUAUUCUGGAGCAAAAACUUCCUUCUUUGUCCAACGUCUAUGAACGACGUACGGUUAAGGAGUUCUUUCUGUGGACAACUGCUGUGGAGCAAUAUGUUAUCGAGCAGAUAUCACCUACACACACCUCAAACCUCAACUUUCUACUGCCCUUGGUAACCUAGCAGUGAAAAAGAUAAAGCCCUAAAACGUGGAUAGAAACUUGUUGUCGAUGCUUGAAUCAUCUAAACCAAAACAUGGACACACUGUAUGUCAUCUUUUUUUUAAUUUCUUUUUAUUUUUUAUUGCUUUUUCUUAGUUUUGUCAACCAGUUAGACUGCUAGAAUGUUUUUCCCAGUUAUCCUUUACUUUUCCUGCCUGCAUCGUUCAUUUCUUCCCAUCCUGGGCUGCCAAAAUCAAUAACCUACUUUGCUUUCCUUGCUGUACAAAUGACCUCUUAGUUAUCAGGUCUUGAAAAUGAUUUCAGGUAACCUAUGUGCAUUUCUUCUUUCAGUGUUUCUAAACUAGAGUUCUUCACUGGGUGCUCACUUCCACUUGUUCAACUAAAUAAUUCGAUGUUUCUUUCAAAUCCGUAUUUUUAACGGUCCGUACCGAUGGAAGAUGCCACGUAUUGCACAGUUUGAAUCUACAUAUGCAUGAGGAAUCAAAUAUUCAAAUUUUAUUCUAAAUGCAUCCGUCUGGUCGCAGUUGGUGAGUAUAACCCCCCUUCCGAGCUCAGCAGGGUCUAACGUAUAUAGAGCUUCAACCUGCUCUGAAGAUCAUAUACAAGAAUUCAUCUUCUACAUAUUUGUGAUUACCUUGGCUGUGAGACUUUGUUGAUGGACACAGAAUAGAAUAACGGCUCACAAGCAGAUGUACAAUUUAAUUAUUUUUUUGCAGCAUCGGCCCAGACGGCUGUGACACGUAAAUGAGCCUCCUGCGCAAUUCCAGAAGGGUUUAUCUAGUACCAAAUGUUCUUCCUGAUUUCGGACAGUUUUUUUUUGGAGUCAAGAGACGUACACGAUCCGAAUAACGGAAGACUAGUUAGAAGCUACAUCUGACGUACGUCUACAUAUCCUACCGGGUUCUUCAGUUUUUCCCAUUGGUUUUGUGUAGAACGCUUAAAACGUAGAAUCCAAAGUUCAACCGUUUUUGGAAAACUGCAACUAUUCCCUAUCCAAAAAACAAACAAAACAAAAAAAACGGCAUGAACCACAGAAAAAGGUUGGACCCUUGAGCAAGACUUUCAACCCUGAAACUACUGUACUAGUUACUGCAUUAGGUAAAAACACUACAUUUACACACACAACUGAUUUUGUGUGGUGGUCUGAAAAACACUGCAUAAUUCUUUUUUUACUACGUAUUUUUUCCUAUAUACUUUUGGGGGGGAAAAAACACACUAUUUUAUGUUUUGCAUGUGUGAAUUUAAAGCUUUGGAUAUCACCACCAAAAAUGAAAGAUUUGCUUUUAAAGAGUUCCUUCUAAACGAAGCGUCAGACAUUUUUAAAAGUCGGUAUCGAAGUUCAAAUUAAAUCGUCAAGACUUAUGUCAGUGUUUCUUCAGCAUGUAUCCAUCCAAAAAAAAAAACCUCCGACCUCGUUUAACGUGGAGAAUUCACUGUGUGAGGAAAUUGCUUUUAGCUAGUCAGGUUUUAGACGUUUUCAGGCAGACUGACUGUUUUUACCAGCAUGUUUAAUCGACGCCGUCUUUGCAGACAAGACACAAAAAAAGGCAUGGAUAGAAAGUAGACUAAAUAAAAAAAAUAAAUACAUUCAUUUUGGUUCAAUUUUUUUGAAGGUCAAAUUAAGUUAAAGGCAAAACAAAAAAAAGAUUUCUUCAAAACACGAUGUUAGGUUCCGGCCGCUCGAGAACGUCUGCAAAUACAAACUUGCACCUUUUUAGUCACAAUAUGUCUGACUAUAGUGUUCAAACAUCUCUAUAUAGUUCCUGACUGAAAUUCCUAAAUUAUAAGAGGAAUUUCAACGUCUUGGUAUCAGUGCUGGUGUCUUAUCAACUCUCUCACGCUUCUUUAGGGAUAGAUUUCUUUGCCAUUUAUAAAGUCUUUAUAUAGAAAUCUGCUUUCUCGGACGUCCGUCGCGUUUUAAAAGAAACGAAAGAAAACGUGUUUGAGUUGAGUAUGAAUAGAGGGCAGCUGUAUUAGUUCUGGGUGCAGCCGCCAUAUUUUUAAACUUUUAAUUGUCCUGUCUUAUAAUGCACUGGAGUUCUAAAAACCAAAUGGAAAAUAGUGUUAUUAGUUCCUUUCAUUUUUGUUAUUAUUAUUAUUUUUUUUUCGGUGAGCGAUUAUCCAAGGACGGAAUCGAAGAGCUUGUUAAAACAACCCCUUCCCGGCCGUUUGUCAUGGCGAAGCUUGAUCGUCUCUUUUUCUGUUUUAUAAACUCCAGUCACUGUUGUUCUGAAGAUGUACGGGCGUCAUGGAUGUUUCUUUCUUUCUGUUCGUUGCUUUCACAAAGUUUCUCAGCGACGUUUGAGCUUGAGUCGAGAAGAGUUAAGCUGGAUGUUUUUUCUUGUUUGUUUUUAAUAUACACAAGAGGGCGCCGUUAUGCUCCUGCUUUUUUGGUAGGAGUGGCCAAGCUCCUUACCUCCUUUUGUAUACACAACUUUGAUAACAGAGUUCAGAAACCGGUACUGUUUUAUUUUCUGUUUUUAUGCAUCCAGGGGUGAACGUAUUGGUUCAGACUGCCAAGGAAGCAUCAGAUUGUUCUCAUCAGCAUAUUCACAUUUGCAAUAUUUAAAUACUCUUAUUUUAGGGACCCAUUUUUUUUUCCUGCUAAGUGCAAAAAGAAACCAAUUGUCGCUUUUUAGUUUUAUUAUUUUUUUUUAGUAGUUCUUUUUUUUUAUGACUGUAUGACUUGUUUGAACAGUAGGUCUAAUUUAUACUUUUUUAGCAGCACUAUUUUUAUAUCUAUAUAUAUGGUUAAUAAUAGAACUUUAACUCAUUACUGAUUCUCAGUAGUACACCAAGCGCUGUGCAGCAUCCUCAGAAUCUAUCAUGUACUGUGUGGAAAUAAAACGUACUGAAACAGGAAA